AUCAAGAGUGUCUUGAUUCAACUUUACACUAAAAGAGGAGAUGCAGUUCUUGAUCUUGCUUGUGGGAAGGGUGGUGAUCUCAUCAAAUGGGAUAAAGCAAAGAUUGGAUAUUACGUUGGUAUUGAUAUUGCCAAUGGUUCAGUAAGUUCCUGCCGGAUGAAUACUUUUUUUGGUUUUUCUGUGCUUGCCGCUGCAAGUCAUACUGUCAGAGUUCCCUUUCAGUUGCUAUGCUAUUAGCAGUUGGAGUGGUGCUUUAAGUGAAGUAUAGUACACGGUACACCAAGGAUAUUCUAAGCCAUACGGUGGGACUUUACAUCCCACCUGGUCGCCAGGGUCUCUUUAGUUCAUAAAGCGGUUCAAUAAAGAGAAAUAAAGGAGAAAAACAUAUCCUCAUUCCAAUUUGCGGUUCCAUAAUGAUUUGGUGCCACUAAAUUGACAUGUACUCAGAGUUAUCACAAAAAGAAAAUUGGCCUGUAUUCAGUCAGAAUUCACUCAUUAUAUAGGUUUAUGUUUCUGUUUGUUAAAAGUUGCUUUAAGUAAUAAUGCACAUGACUUGUUUUUGUUUUUCUUCAGUCUUUUUACAUAGGAGUCCUAGUCAAAUUGGGAUUCCUAAUUUUGGUAGAAAA